AGAAAUAUGGAUCUUUUGGACCAUCCAUCCAUCCAUCCAUCCAUCCAUCUGUUCAUUCAUUCACUCAUCUUGAUACAACAAUCAACAACAACUCAUUCUCUUUAUAACCUGGAUAUAUAUAUUGAUACGGAUGGAAUGGAUACUUUUUUUUUGGACUUUUUUUUUAAUACGACAUUCUGUUUCGGCUCACGAUAUCAUGGAUCCGAUUAGCAUUAAACGAUAUUUACGACCACGAUGUUUUAUAUUUUACUCAUCCUUUUUUUUUUUUUUAUCUCUCUGUUAAUAGUAAGCAUUUCCGGCACAAAGUACCGCAUGACUCUCGGUUUACCCGUUGGUGCUGUCAUGAACUGCGCUGACAACUCUGGUGCUAAGAACUUAUAUGUCAUUGCUGUCCGUAACAUCAAGGGUCGUUUGAACAGACUCCCCGCUGCUGGUGCUGGUGAUAUGGUUGUCGCUUCUGUUAAGAAGGGUAAGCCUGAAUUGCGAAAGAAGGUUAUGCCUGCUGUUGUUAUUCGUCAACGUAAGGCUUGGCGCCGUCGUGAUGGUGUCUUCCUUUACUUUGAAGAUAACGCUGGUGUUAUUGUUAACCCCAAGGGUGAAAUGAAGGGUUCUGCCAUCACUGGUCCUGUUGCCAAGGAAUGUGCCGAUUUGUGGCCUCGUAUUGCUUCUGCCUCUGGUACUGUUGUUUAAAUAAAAUCCUGAUCAUCAUGUCUCUUUUUUUUUGCCCUUCCUUUUCUUUGACUCUUUUUUGAUUUGAUUGUUUCCUUUUUUUUUUUUGUAUAUUGAUGCAAUGAUUCUUUUGAAAAUAAAAAAACGUCAACUCUUUUUUGAUAUACAUUAUU